AUGAAGACAGACAUGACGAAAAAGGAAGAGCUCAUAGCUUCGGGGCCUUCCAAAGCCCUCGAACUCCUCGAUACGUCCGAAGGCGAGGUUAUCGAUCCGGAAGAAAGCUCGGCCCUCUUGAGACGGCUGGACCUCAGACUCAUGCCGCUACUUUGCAUCACUUACGCGUUGCAGUCCAUCGACCGAACUACCCUGAGUUAUGCCGCCGUCUUCGGUAUCCGCGAGGACAUUGGUCUGACUGGCUCAGAGUACUCCUGGGCAGGUGCGCUGUUGUACCUGGGCUACCUCUUCUGGGAGUUUCCGACAAACGUCCUGCUGCAGAAGCUACCCAUCAACCACUUCAUGUCUGCGACGGUUGUUUUGUGGGGUGCUGUACUCAUGUGUCACGCUGCAUCGCAUAACUUCGCCAGUCUUGCCGCGACGAGAACGUUUCUUGGAGCUUUCGAAGCCUCGAUUAAUCCCGGUACAAUGUUGUUAUUUUCAAUGUAUUACUCAAGAAAGGAGCAACCCGUACGAAUGGGUAUCUGGAUUGGAUCUGCUGGCUUGGGAUAUGUCACCGCGGGUAUCGUGACUUUUGGUAUCGGUCAUGUUCAAGGGUCCAUCGCGAGCUGGCGAAUUUUGUUCCUUUUUUGGGGCGCAAUUACUGUGGCUUGGGGUGUUCUUAUGCUAGUGUUCCUGCCCGGAUCGCCACUCACAACGAAGUUCUUGUCGGAGAAGGAGAGGGCGAUGGUCAUCAGCCGCGUCAAGGGUAAUGGCACGGGAGUCGAGAACAAAACCUUCAAGUGGUUCCAGUUCAGGGAAGCCAUGACGGACAUUAAGACUUGGCUAUUAUUCUUGUUUGCUGUUUCAAGCAACGCUCCCAAUGGCGGGUUGACAACGUUCCAAGGUCUUGUGAUCAAAGGAAUGGGCUUCUCGACUCUCCAAACCACUCUCAUUCAGAUGCCUUCAGGAGGUGUUCAACUAAUUCUUUGUCCCUUGGCGUGGUGA